AUGCUCAUGUCGCUGCUCACGGCGUACCAGCUGGACGCCAUCAUUAUCGACCACGAUGACCCUCACUCCACGGAAAUCCCACACCCUGCCUUCGGGGCGUUGGAGUUCGUUUCGAACUUCUCCGGCAGUUGGGGCAAGGCCGUAGUGAGCCGCGAAAACGCGUGGCUGUGGACUGAUUCGAGAUACUACAUCCAGGCCGCUCAGCAGCUGUCACCUCCGUGGGAGCUCAUGCGUUACGGCCAGAAAGACGUCCCCGACGUGGUCAAGUUCCUGAAGGAGAAGCCUUUUAAGCGAGUCGGCAUAGACGCCAGCACCACUCCACACAAGGUUUUGACGCAUUACAAGGACAAUUUGAAGGACAUCGAGUUUGUGGAACUGCAUGACAAUCCCAUCUACAAGGUGUGGGAGGACAGGCCGCAGCUGCCAGUUGACCCGGUGUUCGUUCACCCGGAGACUUUCACUGGAAUGAGCGCUGCUGACAAGUUGGCCAAGAUAAGGGACGAAAUGGACAAGGCCGGUGCCAACGCUGUGGUAUUCUCGCUGUUGGACGAAGUAGCGUACGUGCUGAACCUUCGCGGUCGUGACUUAGAUGUUUCACCCCUGUUCUACGCUUAUCUGGUGGUUGAGAAGGAUAACGCCACGCUCUUUAUCGACUCAAGGAAGGUCACUGACGACGUGAAGAAGGCACUCACCUUGUGCAACGUGGCACGCGCCGAAUACAGCGAGCUUCCCGGAUAUUUGGCGUCCAUCAGCGGCAACGCCGAAGCUAAGAAUCCAGGGGACAAGUUCAAGUUGUGGGUAUCGCCGUCUGCCUCAGUGGCUAUUUGCAACUCGUUCCUGUCUAACGCCAGCGAGAAGAUGCCACGCGAACUCUUACAGGAGAACACGCCGGCAUGUAUAAUGAAGGCGGUUAAGAAUGAUGUCGAGCUGGAAGGCAUGAAGGAGGCCCACGUCUUAGAUGGAAUCGCUCUGGCCGAAUUCUUUGCCAAGGUGGAGGGUAUGAAAAGUGACGCUAGUCUAUUCAAAAGCGAUGAGAUGGCCCUGGGUGAUCUAAGUACCCAGUGCCGCGCUGACAUAAAGGAGAACCGUGGCAUUUCGUUCCAUCCGAUAUCGUCCAUCGGACCCAACUGCGCCAUCGUCCACUACCGUGCCACGGAGGAAAGCAAGGUCAAAAUUGAGCCCCAGAUGUACCUGCUCGACUCCGGUGGACAGUAUGGCGGCGGCACCACCGAUGUCACGCGUACUGUGCACUUCGGAACCCCCUCUGCCGAGGAGAAGGAGUCGUACACCCAAGUGCUCAAGGGCCACUUGGCACUGCGGCAUGCCGUGUUCCCCGAGCAGACUCCCGGUGCUUCUUUGGAUGUGCUGGCACGUCAGUUCCUCUGGAAUGCGGGACGCAACUACUACCACGGAACCGGGCAUGGCGUAGGCGCCUACCUCAACGUCCAUGAGGGGCCCAUGUCGAUAUCGUCGCUCAUGAAGCCUCGCAUGGGCAACGUGAACGUAGUGUACCUCGAGCCCGGAAUGGUGGUGUCUAACGAGCCAGGCUACUACAAGGAGGACCACUACGGCAUCAGGAUCGAGAACAUGGUGUACGUUCGCCGUGUAAUGGGCGACUUCUCUAAGGACUACACGAAGUUCCUGACCUUCGAGGACCUCACUCUGGUCCCCUACUGCAAGGAUCUGAUGGACUUGGGCAUGAUGACCGAACAAGAGGUCGAGUGGGUGAACGAGUACCACGCGCUAAUCGCUGCCACGCUGAUCCCGCGCAUGGAGGCGUUGUCGACCACCAAAUACGCCGAUGCCAUUAAGUUCCUGCGCGAGGCUGCUAUUCCGUUGCGGAAAUGA